AUGGGUGUGGCCAUAAUUUAAAGAAAACCAAGCACAACCACAGAAUGGACUUCUGGAAUCUGGCAAUCAAAAUACUUUUCUUAUCACAAACUACAACUGGAAUUCUAGGAAAUUUCUCUCUUCUUAUCUACUAUCUAGUCUAUUAUAUAGAACAUGUGUUAAAGCCCGUAGAUUUGAUCCUCAUGCACCUAAUCGCAUCCAAUGCCUUGAUAGUUCUCUCUACAGGAAUGCCCCAAACAUUGGCAGCUUUUGGGUUAAAGCAGUUUCUAAACAAUUUUGGAUGCAAUUUACUUGUGUACAUUCAAAGUGUUGGCAGGAGUGUGUCCAUUAGUACAACCUGUCUCUUGAGUAUCUUCCAAGCCACCACCAUCAGUCACAGGAAAUCUUGUUGCAAGGAUCAAAAAGCCACAGUUGCAAAGUACAUUGGCUGUUCUGUUUCCCUUCUCUGGGUUUUGUCCAUGUCUCUACAUUUCAUUUUCCUUGCAUACAUUCUUAUCAAAAGGCAUAGCAAAAACAUGACAAGAAACCGAGAUUUGGAGUACUGUUUGACUGAAGGGGGUGAGGAUGCCAUCAGUUCCUCACUCUAUACAGCAUUAGUGGUGUGCCCUGAAAUCUUCUUUUCUGUGCUCAUUGCCUGGUCCAGUGGCUUGAUGAUUGUCAUUCUGUACAGACACAAGCAGAAUGUUCAACACAUCCACAGCAGUACUGUUUCCAGCAGAAACUCAUCAGAAUCCCGAGCCAUCCAGAAGAUUCUAGUCCUGGUGUGUAUCUUCCUGGCAUUUUUUACUCUAUCUUCCAUCUUAAGAGGCUGCAUUGCUUUUCUGCAAAAUCGCAAUUGGUGGCUGCUGAACAUCAAUCGCCUUACUUCUCUGUGUUUUCCAUCCUUUGGACCCUUUGUUCUUAUGAGUCAUUACACUUUUAUGCAAAGACUCAGUUUGAUCUGUAUAUGUAAUAAAAUUUUCUAA